AUGGAUCAAUUGACAUCUUAUUCUUACUACUGUAGACUGAAACUAAAAAAUGUUGGUUUCUUUCAUCGUGACCUUGCGCGCAAAUCAACAGUCGUAAUUCAGGAUAAUUAUUUUGUUUGUCAAUGCAAACUCUUAACUAACCAGAAGAAAGAUUACCUUUUGGGACUGAAGUAUUGCCGAUGUUUAUUAUUAUCAAUAAAGAUGGGUGGGCAUGUUAGUCGUGGUCGAGAUAAUCAAUCACUCAUUGACGAACUGGUACAAAACGGUCUCACAUUAAACCCAGAGACUGAGCGUGCUCUACGUCUAGUCGACAGAGGGGGUUACUUCAGCGAAAAAAGCCCACGAGCAUACAUGGAUAUGGCGUGGAGGUCUGGUUCUCUCCAUCUUUCAGCACCCAGCAUCUACAUUGUAGCUCUCAAAAACCUCGAUAUCCAACCAGGAAAUUGCUUUUUAAAUGUUGGUAGUGGAACAGGAUACCUUAGUACAGUCAUUGGCUUGUUACUAGGAUACAAUGGCGUUAAUCAUGGUAUUGAGGUGAAUGAUUUCAACGUUAAUUUUUCACGUGAACACUUGGUGACAUUUUUGUCUGAAUGUGAUGCACCUUUCGAACGAUCUUUUUGUCCUCCGGUAUUCCUACAUGGGAAUAUUUUAGAUUUAGUCGUUCCCUCAGUCCAACAGCCGAUUAUGGUUGAAAGACUGAAUAAUUUCCAACAACCUUCUGAAAUGAUUCAAAAUAAUCUAGAUACUCAUUUAGAUAACAGUGUUAUUAAUUCUGAAGAUAUAUGGACUUCAGAAGGAAACCAAAAUCAUUCAUCGGACGCUACAAUGGAAGUAGAGGGAAAUGAUCAUGGGGUAAGCGAAAAUACCUAUCAAAAUGGUGAUCUGGAUACUAAUAAUAAUGAUAAUAAUAAUAAUAAUGACAACGAAAGCGAAUCUGAUCUUAUCAAGUGGGAAGAAGAGUUUAUUGUUGGAUCGCCACCUUGGAUACACCCAGAUAGUAGUCAUCCAUUAUGUGAUCAAACAGAUACAAACAUACCACGCUGGCCAGUAUAUGAUCGGAUAUAUGUGGGAGCUGCCGUUACUAGCCGUCUUCACUUACAAUCCAUACUACGAUUGCUCAAAGUCGGUGGUAUUCUAGUCGUUCCUUAUCGAGAUAAAGUAAGAAAUAAUCUUUAAAUUUCUGUUCAGGCGAUAGUUGUGUGUAAAUAACUCAAGAACUUCUAAAAUGUCUACAUGCUCACCGAGUCCAGUCUUCAUUUUCACAGUCAUGCUAUUUGAAGUUUUUUGAUCAUUUUAGAGAGUGAUGGUAGAUUGUCUAAUCGUUCCACUUGCUCAAAAAUACUUUCGUAUUCGGUCAUAUCCUAUGUAGUAACCCCAUAUACACUCGGAGCAAAAGACCAAUUAAUCGAAUUUAAUGUCAUAUAUUGAGUUGAGAUUACAGACUGAUACAAAAAGUUGUGUGAGUUUAUCCAACUUUUACGUGUGUAAUUAUUUUAGGUUAUAUUAUAUGCAUUCCCAUAUAACUAACUCGGAUCUUCUAUCCAUGUACGUUUCCUACGUGUUUUUGUUUAUGUUCGCUCAUUUAUAUUACUCUUUGUCUUUUUGAACUAUAUUAGCUGAGACAUAAACUGAUUUUAGUGAUUUUUCUGUCAAUGUUUCGCCGCUCUCUAUCUAUCUGCACGACAUGUACGCAUCCCAAAUACAUUCGUAUUCGACUUAUUUUACUGUUAUCGCUAACGUGAUUUAGUUAAAGUUUAUAUACAAAGUUCAUUACAGAGCUACAUUUUAUCAUUGUCAUCGAACGGGGUCAACUAACGAUGCUAAAAAUUGAUGAACCCUUUAGCCAUACAUCUCAUUUUUCAACACACAUUCAAGGAAGUCUAGAUUGUUGUGAUAUGUGGUUUUACUACUAAGGACUAGAACCUUUUGUACAAAUAUUGGUCAAAUUUUAGACGAAUAGUUUGACAGAAAUUUGAUGUCUGCUAUAUAGAAGAUAUUAUAUGCACAAACUGUAUUUGAA